AUGUCAGCUUCUUUGAUCAACCGCUCUCUCACAACAGUUAGAACAGAGCUAGAGUUUUUACAAGAGUCUAACGUGAUCUCUGAGCAGACGUUCAGAAGAAUAAUGGAAAGUUUGCCAGAAAGAUAUAAUCCUAACGACUCCAAGCAACCGGUAGAAAAGGUUAGUGAGUUCGUCGAAGCUAUCUAUAAAUUUGAUCCACAACAGGAUGGUGACUUGGGUCUAGUCCCUGGGGACAAGGUUGAAGUUUUGGAGAAACCAUCACCCGAAUGGUUCAAAGGUAGGUGUAAUGGCAAGGUGGGUAUGUUCCCAAGCAACUAUGUUAAAUCAGCGUUUUCAGGAAGCUCUUCAUCCUCUAGAGCAAAUCUGGCACCGCCUCCUCCUCAGUACGAGCAACAGCCAUCCCAGCAAAUGAUGCAGCAACAGCCAUCACAGCAAAUGAUGCAGCCACAGCCCUCUGGUAGUUCGUAUCAGCAACCUUUUCCACCAGCUUCAGCUAAUUAUUAUCAGCAACCUCCACCACCACCACAACAACAACAGCAGCAGCAGCAGCAGCAGCAGCAGCAGCAGGCACCAAAUAAGCCGAGCCAUUUCAAAAAAUUUGGCAGUCAGUUGGGUAACGCAGCAAUCUUUGGUGCAGGUGCAACGAUUGGAUCUGAUAUUGUCAACAGUAUUUUCUAG